AUGAAUCAGCGUAAAAGUGUCAACUCCGAGUCUUAUUUUUUCGAGCCCUGUCUCCGACUUACCGGCAACUCGGUUGAAUGCUAUAAAUACUUGGAAGAGCUUCUCGCGGAUUUUAGAAGAAUUAAAACGAUGAAUAAAAUGGGCGCAUUCCAAGUCAGUCAUAUUGACGAAUUCAUUGACUCUCUUUUAAUCGAGGAUCGAGUUUGCGAAGUAAUCCUCCCGCGUUUGCAAAAACGAGCUGUUUUAGAAGAACAAGGACUUUUGAAGCCCCGGUGGAGCGCGUUAGAACAAGAUCUUGAAGAAAUGGAUAAAGAAGAAGAGGCUCAACGAAUGGCUGCAGAACUCGCAAAGGAAGAGGAAGGCUAUGAAUCACCAGUUCCAUCCCCACCGAGAAAAGAAAAGAAAGAGAAGAAAGAGAAAAAGUCUAAAAAGGAAAAGAAACACAAGAAAUAUAAAGAUCUCGAUGCUCCUGAGGAGUCUUCAAGACGCCGGUAUGGCCGAAUAUCCCAAUAG